AUGGCGACCCAACGAGUCACUUACCGCCGUCGCAAUCCCUACAACACUCGAUCCAACCGGACUCGAGUCAUCAAGACCCCCGGCGGCGAGCUUCGACUGCUUCACAUUAAGAAGCGCGGUACUGUACCUAAGUGCGGCGACUGCGGUUCCAAGCUGAUUGGUAUCCCUGCUCUCCGACCCCGAGAAUACUCGCAGAUCUCCAAGCCCAAGAAGACAGUUCAACGUGCCUAUGGGGGCUCGAGAUGCGGCGGAUGCGUUCGCGAUCGGAUCGUGCGAGCUUUUUUGAUCGAAGAACAGAAGAUUGUUAAAAAGGUUCUCAAGGAGCAAGAGCAAAGCCAGAAGAAGAAAUAG